AUGGAUCCGUUUCAACGACUUCCCACCGAGCUCGUCCUCCAGAUCAUCGCAGAUACGGCAGACUUCACAGGCGUGGAAAAUUUGAUAUCGGUAUCCCGAAAAGUCAGAGCAGUCUUCCAGUGCAAUUCCAGAGAAAUAAUGCAAGCGCUUUCAUCCUCGAACCCCAUGACCUCACAGCCCGAGAUCAAAAGACUCGUCUCAAACGCCGCUGUGAUUUACAAUCCCUCGAUUCAAUGCUCCAGCCUGGAUGAGUAUCGGAGGCUCACCGCGACAAAUGACGAGCUUGAUUCCGCACAACGGUUCCAGAGCCCAGAGGUAGCUUGUCGCAUGCUCCACGUUGCUGCUCAAAUCCAAGCACUAGCCUGUGCCUGCCUCACAAGGAUGCGGGAAAAUCUUGUUUCAGGUGUUGGAUCAUCACCUGCCCACGCACAGGGAGCAAGAAGGCCUUUCUCGUGGAUUGAAGAAUAUCGAAUAUACUGGGCACUAUGGCACAUUCGGUGUUAUUCCGAGCUCCGAAAGGCCGUGGGGAUGCCACUUUUAUCUCCGUGCACCACCGAUGAUUCCUUAAUCGACCCAAGAUGGAAAUGGCCAUAUCAUGAGAUGCAAGCACUUAACGUGUAUCACACCUUUGCCGAUAUCCUUAUGUACAGGGUCGAGGCCAUUUGGACAGUUGCAGUUGUGCUAGACGAUUUGGGGGUUUGCUCACCGUUGAUGUCUCAUGGAGUGAUACAACCGGAACAUCGAUCCACUAUCUCGUGGGAACUACCCCCGAAUGUACCUCUCCCAUCCUUCUCUUCUUUCAAACUUCCUCGAAGAGUUGAGACUAAGUUUUCAACCUGGAGCCCGCCACAACCCCCAACCUCCAACCCGGCUACAAAAAUAUGGCAUUUGACUCCAGAUCAUUGCACAGCCACAUCACCACAGACAGGUCUUUUUCGAUCACUGCACCGUCGAUUUAUGCGACCAGGAUCCAGAGCAUACCAACUUGGAAUCAAUAAUAUUUCGCUCUAUCGACUAUCCGGUGUGCUUAUUUGGGAUACUUGGCGACUGUUCACCUGUGGGUUAUAUUGCCAGACUAGACGGGAGAGAUUGGAAACGCCAGAUGGGGGGUUUCUCGAGCCCGAGCCCGUAUUUGGCUUCGACAAUCCGCACCCAUGGGAGGGGUCCUAUGCUCAAAAAUGGUUGCAAUUGGGGGGCGCGAAGGAAUAG